AUGCGUCGAAAACCAGUAUCUGUGCGAGACCCUUCCCAACUCUCUGGGAAGCCUCUCAGUCAGACGAUCGUGCCGUCACCAAUCAGCAGCGAUCCUGCCCGUGGAGGCUGGGUUACAUCCCCGGAUCUCAUUCAAGCGGAUCUCCCCUUCACAUCAGACGUCAUGUACAACAUGACGAACUUCCUGCUUGGAAAUCCAAACAUGAAUUCACCGCAUCUAUUCCGUGCAGAUAUUCUAUUCGACAGUACCGGUGAAUUGAAAACGCCGGAAGAGAAGGAAAAAUUGUUUGCUUCGAAAUGUUCAUUAGAUGAUGAACCGCAUUCAGACAUUGAACAGGCAGAGAAAGAGGAAGAGAAGAAAUUACCGGUGGAAACAAUUGCGCCGCUGGAAAUCCCCAGUGUUGAAUUGAGAAGAACUGUUGUCAGAAAACUCGUACCCCGGAAUCUGAAUAUCGAUAAACCGAUCGAUCAGACAUGUCACAUCUACGAUAAUCAAACAACGGUAUCUUUGGAUACAGAAAAUAAGACGGUGGAAAGACUAAUAUAUGUAUAUUUCCCGCAUAUUAAGGCCGUUCAUGACGUUCCGUUCUACCACCCGUUGGUUCGGGGACUGGCGUUUAUAUAUGAUUAUGAAAAAACAUCGCCGCCUGGUGAACUGUCACCAACAACAGGUGACGAAAAGCCCCAAUGUCUGGGAAAAGGCACGCUGUCUCUACACAUCCUCCCAUUCUCAUCUUCAGAAAACUUUGAUCCAUUCCCUAUAAGACUGGAGCGAACCUUACAAUCCCUUCUGAAUACAAGCAUCCGUCUAGCUCGAAAUACACGCCCGUCUUCUACCUCAUCAACAAAUCAACACACUGCCGAACAAGGCAAACAACAAGCUGACGAAAGUUACAACCCAUCAAAAGACAACAUUAUACCUCGCCAUCGGAUCCAAGAUACCUACUCACGCCUGAAACUAGCAUAUGCACAGGACCUCUGUCAGAGCUGGGUUGAAGAAACAGAGCCAUCAAAGCAUGUCUUUGAAGAUCUGUCCAUCGCUGCAUUCCUAAUCGAGCUUUGGAGGGGUAUGUAUGGCGUGAUACCAAGAGCCGAAAAGGAGAAUCCGGAAAAAGAAGAUGUCGAGUUUCCAGGAUUCGUGGAUGUUGCCUGUGGAAAUGGCGUUCUGGUCUACAUCCUCCUGAUGGAAGGGUAUAAGGGCUGGGGAUUUGAUGCACGUCGACGAAAAUCAUGGUCGAUAUUCCCGGACUGGAUACAGGAUAAUUUGAAGGAAUCGUUGUAUAUUCCGGGGCCCUUCGUUGACGAAGCAUCACAAAUAGACGACAGCCCCAUAACCGAGCUAGUGAAUAUGGGCAUUGAAUAUCAUACCGGCAACUUCCCCAAGAACACAUUCAUAAUAUCCAACCAUGCCGACGAGCUGACCGUCUGGACACCGUUAAUGGCCGUACUAGCCUGCCCAGAAUUUCCAUUACCGUUUAUAUCCAUACCAUGCUGUUCUCAUUCUCUUUCUGGCGCGAGAUAUCGCUACCCGCCUCCAAAACAGAGCAAAAAGAAUAAAAAUCAAGAAAAGGACCACUCUACUAACAUCGAGACGCGAGACGACGGCGAACAGCCAGCAACCGGGGACCUCAAGGCUCUGCGCGCGUCCAAAAUAGCCGCGAGUACAUCCCAGCCAGGCUCUGAUCCCAAUUCCACGGCGGUCUUGAACUCCAUGUACGGCUCACUGACAGCAAAGACAAUGAGCAUCGCUAUGGAGAUUGGAUAUGGUGAGAACGAUGUGGAAAAAACACUUCUUCGGAUCCCGAGUACGAGGAAUAUGGCUGUUAUCGGGGGCCGGAAAUCGAUGGCGCAGAGAUGGAUCCAUAAUAGAGGAAAAGGGAAAGCUUGGCCGGUGGAUGUGGAACAGCUAGUAGAUGAGAUUGUGAGUAGAGAGUGUAUGAGGGAAGGAGGAGUUGGUUGUGCUGCAAAUAUUUGGAUCCAGAGGGCUGUAGGUUUGCAUAAGGGGCCAGGAAUGGGGAAGCAGAGCCAUCAGAAUGAAGGUCACUAA